AUGGCCUCAUAUGCGCGAGUCCUGCAGCGCAACGAAUAUACCGGUCAGCGUAUCUUCGAGGUGAUUUCAGAGCCUUCUCCAGGUUACACAAGCAACAUUUUGCAGCCUCCAUCCCUCCCGGUGUCACCCGUCACGGUGAGCAUGGGUACGGGCAUGGGCCCUUUUAUCUUGAGCACUGCGGUCAGUCCUUCAGAGCCUGCAGGUUACAGCAUGGAUAUCGGCUUUCGCGGUGGCAUCGGCGGUAUCGGUAGCCAGGCUGCUCCCGGUUCAUCCAGGGCGGGCCGCUUGCACCGCCGAUGGCAACCACAGGCGCCGGGCGCCGAGGUGGGCCAGAUUGAGAGCCUCCGCACAUACUGCAUCCAAUGCGCACUGGAGACGCACCUCGCGAUUGCCGGUGAUGUGGUGGAGCCACGUAUCGGGCCGAGGUUGUGGGUGUGCGCUUGUCAAGUGGCGCGCAGGCAGGACAACGGCCAACGGUGCUUGACUUGCGGCAUGAGCCCUGUCUAUCGAGAUGCGGUGAACCAAUAA